GCAGUGGACGUCCCGCCCACACGUCGUCCAUUGAAGAAGAGGAGUCGAAGAGACGGUCCUCACAAGAAAUCAUGACGAAUAAACUCUGCAAGCUCUUUGUUGGCGGGCUCAACGUGGACACCACGGAAGAUGGCCUACGGUCGUAUUUCGAGCAGUUCGGCUCGCUCAGCGACUGCGUGGUGGUCAUGAACCAGCAACUCCAGCGGUCCCGCUGCUUCGGCUUCAUCACCUACUCCUCGCCGGAGGAGGCCGACGCAGCAAUGGCGGCUAAGCCACAUGUCGUCGAAGGCAACAACGUGGAGCUGAAGAGGGCCAUCGCGCGGGAGGACGCCAACAACCCGGACAUCCUCGCCAAUGUGAAGAAAAUCUUCGUCGGCGGAGUGAAAGACCACAUCGAGGCCGAGAACCUGAUCGAGUACUUCUCCCAGUUCGGCGUGGUGGAGAAGGCCGAGAUCAUUUCCGACAAGCAGACCGGCAGGAAGCGCGGCUUCGGCUUUGUCUUCUUCGAGGACACUGACUCCGCCACCAAAGCGGUGCUCACCAAGUACCACACCAUCGACGGCAACAAGGUGGAGGUGAAGAAGGCCCUCACCAAGCAGGAGAUGUCCUCCGGCGGCCGGGGAGGCAGAGGUCGCGGCAGGGGGAUGCAGAGCUUCGGCGGGGGAAGAGGAGGGGGCGGCUAUGGAGGAGGCUACGGAGGAGGCUACGGAGGAGGCUACGGCGGCGGGUACGGAGGAGGCUACAGCGGGGGUUAUAACGGAGGCGGCUACGGCGGAUACGACGACUACGACAACCAGAUGGGGGGCGGUUACAGUAACGGCGGUGACUUUGGGGACGGCUACGGACAGCAGUACUCCAGUUACGGAGCGAUGAAGGGGAGCAAUUUUACCCACAGGAGCUCGGCUCCGUACAACAGAGGCGGGGGUUACGGCCGGGGCGGCGGCGGCGGCUACGGAGGCUACUAGGCCCUCUCCCUCACGUUUAGGUGAUGAUGUUCGUUUGAAAAUUUGAUUACACACAUUACACAUGCCCAGGCUGGGUGAGGGGUCUUUGUUACUUUCAGCUAAAGGGAACAGUGCCCAUCACCCACCCGAAUGAAUGAGACUGUCCUCUGGAUCCAGCUCCCCCACCCGGACCCCCCGUCUGUCCUCUUAUUCCACAUUAAGGACUUUACUACUAAGAAUUGUGAAUUAUUGAACUAUAUGUUAUGAUUUUUUUUUCUUUGGGGGGGGGGAGAAGGACUUGUUUUGAACCAUUUGUAAUCCAUGUCUGUCACUGCUUCUUGACUCAGAAUUGCGUUUGUUCUGUCUUGCAAACCAGUCAAUUGUCUUGUUAUAUUUUGAUUUUGCAUCACGAACUCAGGGUUUUAAGUCAGUUGGUGGCAGUGCCAGGCAGCGUGAGACUCGAUUGCUUGAGUUUCUUGAUUAUUUUUUUUCAUUUAAAAAAACCAUUUUGGAGAUAAUGUCACGGACUGUAAAAUUACUUUGUUUCCCGUCCCAUUGCAGGCUUUUUUUUUUUUUGUUUAGAUUAAAACUGUUUGAAAUCCAUGUUCAGUUCACCCUUAUGUUUUACUCUGCUUUUAUUAAAGUUUUUAAUGUUUUGAAAAUCAA